CUUCUCAGAAAACGUCCUAGAGAAGCCGAUGGCUGAGCAACGUUUUACAGAAGCACCUACGACGUACCAGAUCAAGCUCUUCCUCGAGUGGUUUGCUCAAACACGUACUGGUCUCUUGGAAGAAUCUAUCACCGAUACAACCCUCCUUAACCGCUUCAACAGUCUGAAGCGUGCCAUCAAGAUCCACACGCGUUACCAAUACACUACAGUGCAGAAUCAGGAGAUCAUCAGUUUCGUCACAAAGGACCUUAUCCCGCGAGGUCUCGUAUCAACAUGCGCGCGUCCCAAACCACUUGCUCCUGUCGCAGUAGCCAAAGACAUCAUCAGAUUCCUCUUCGCAAACGACGAAUACAAGCACCUACACCCUCGCAUACGUAACCAGAUGGCUUUUGCUAUACAACUUAUGCUUCUUGUUGGCGUCCGACCAGGAGAAGUCAUUGAGUCAGACGCGUGGUAUCAGACUAACGAAGGGCUGCUUUACAAGGAUAUCGAGCUUGUCCGCUCGUGGAACAACAGCCAUCCUGGGUGGUGUCUUCACGUCAAACUGAGAAACCGAAAGGGGCAUCGAGAGUAUAAGAAACAUGCACCCGUCAUGACGCUGUAUGAGGAGCCGCGCAUGAGAUACAUGUGCCCCGUGACAUGGUUCCUGUCACUCGCCUUCGCAGAUGGGGUGUUCCAGGAUAUGGAGUGCUUUAACGAUCUGGAAGCUGUGCGACCUAUCCCAGGUAAUCUCCUUUAUAGGGCCAAGUAUAAGCGCGAAGUUCUGGAGCGCCCUGUCAUGAGGGGCAUGCGCGCUGAUAAAUCCAUGUCCGAGACUAGGAUAUGGACGUACGAU